UACACUCGCACACCGACGGUAUCAUCAAUCGUGUCUGUUUUUCUCCGUAAAAAAAAAACAAAAUAUAGGUAUUGAAAAAAAUAUCGCCAAGAGUCGUCGACUCGUCGUGAACGGCCGACGGUUGCGCGCGUGUUGGUGCUCCGCUAUCCAAUUACGGCGGGCGUGCGUUUGAUUUGUGCAAGCGAGUAAGCUGGGCGGCUGUGCAGUUGUGAUGGCGAUUAGGUAACCGACAGUUUAGUCGAUUCUGGGUUUAAUUAUUUUUUGAGCGCCCACGGAAUUCCCCGAAUCGAAUAUACGACGCUCGCAAGCUAGCCCUUGCAACACGAGUAUCAAGAAACCAUCGCUGUGUACACGUGAUGAAUGCAAUUGUCGUGGACGGUUCUGAACAGACGACUGCCUCUGUUGCCACUAUUACCAUCGAUUGCAAGACCAAGACGCCAUAGCUGUCGGCCAGCAGGCCGACAUCUAGUAAGAUAGUCACUAACUGAGUGCUAUGCAUCGUGUCAAUGUUGUCGGUAGUGGUGGCGGAAGUAGUCGUCGCUCCACUGUGGUUGUUGAAGAGUCUGAUGUGACGGCGUCAACGACAUUUGUGGGAGUAGACGAACAUGAUGACGACUUUGCUGUAGACGACAAAGCAGCAACAACAACUCUUAUUUAUGUCAAGAAAGAAAGUAUGGAUGAUGAUGAUGACAAUAAUCAUCAACUGAUUCAAUUGCAGCAUCAACAGCAACACGACACAAACGAAAUAGAAGAUAUGUAUCGUCGUCACCGCCGCCCUAGAUUAACUGCAGCAGCCGCUAAACAUCAACAACUUCAGAUUCAACAUAAUCAGCAAUUUGAUAACAUCACAUCAUCAUCAGUAUCAACCACCACUGCCAAUCGCCAAGAACGACUUAUGCUAGUGUCUGUUGAUUCUGCUAAUAUUGGAAACAGCCGACACCGCCAACCAUCAUCGAUUGCUCAAUUUUGUUGUUCAAGCACUACUGCAGCAGCAGGGAUACAACAACAGCAUCAACACCAUCAUAACCAACAACAACAACAGCAGCAACAAAUUCCUCCUACUACUGUUGUAAUGAUCAAAGAAGAAGAUGUCUCCAUGUCAGCCGUUGUUGGUGGUGACAGCUUACAUCACCAUCAUCAUCAUCAUCAACAACACCAGCAUCAUCAUCAACAACAACAGCAUAAUAUGACCACGGCAGCAGCUGUAACUAUCGUCUCUAACAAUAACAACAGUAACAAUGCCACUUCCUCGUCACCACCUCCUCCACGACGGCUGUGUCUGGUAUGYGGUGACGUUGCCUCAGGCUUCCAUUAUGGUGUUGCAUCAUGUGAAGCUUGCAAGGCAUUCUUCAAGCGCACCAUACAGGGUAACAUUGAAUAUACAUGUCCUGCCAGUGGAGAUUGUGAAAUCAAUAAGCGACGGCGAAAAGCAUGUCAGGCAUGUCGAAUGCAGAAAUGUCUGAGGACAGGUAUGCUCAAGGAAGGCGUGCGCCUGGAUCGGGUGCGAGGUGGCCGUCAGAAGUACCGAAGACAGCCGUCAACUCCUAUACCUACUGCAGCGAUCUCUGUUGUCCAAUCAGCACCGCAAACUGUGCAACAGCAAUCUACUGCAGCGACAACUGUUAAUAACUCUAUUCACCACCAUCAUCAUCAUCAUACGCACAAUAACAAUGCUGCAUCGUCUAUUCAUCAUCACCACCAUCAACAGCAGUCUUUUAACAAUGCUUUCAGCAACAAUAAAAUCAUUACCACUGGAAACUACCAUCACCACCAUUCAUAUCACCAUCAACAAUCGACUUCAGGGCCUCGUAAUAUUUGUUAUAAUAGUAGUAACGGUACAACCACAGCAAUGUCGGUACACAACAGCCGGCAUCAUCACCAUAGAUCACUUAAUAGCAAUGGGGGUGUGACUGGUGGUUGGAACAACAAUAAUGACGAUGGUGUGUGUAUUAAACAAGAGUUUGAGCUGCAGUGUUGUUGUAAUGAUUCUACACCGGCUGUUGAUGCAAUUAGGGAAUGUGAAAAAAUGUUGGAAGCCCUUAGACAAUGUGAACCUGAGAUGCCAACCUUAUUAGGUGUCGGGGACGGAUCAACUAACGCUGCAAUCACUAUGGAGUUUUUCACACAGUCCUCGACGCUGGGGGUGAAACAAGGAACGGCAACUGCAGUGACUAUGGGUGGUAGUCUAGUCGAAGAUGGUAUAUCAUCAACAUCUUCGCCAUCGUCAUCGUCAUCAUCCUCGUCGUCAGCAUCAGCAUCGUCGUCACCAACGGUGGCUGCUUCUAUGGUGGUGCAUACUCUCGCUGAACUAUAUGACAGAGAGUUAGUAAGCACCAUUGGUUGGGCCAAGCAGAUACCCGGGUUCACUGACCUGUCGCUCAAUGACCAAAUGCGCUUAUUGCAAUCGACUUGGGCAGAACUAUUGACAUUAACCACGGCAUUCCGUUCUUUGGAACAGUUUAAUGGUCAAAAUGGUGACGGUAUUAGUGACAUUAAUAGUAUUGGCGUUGUCAGCGAAGAAUGUAGUGGCAAUGGUCUUAGGUUGCGGUAUGCUACAGACUAUUGGUUGGACGAAAAGUUGGCUAGAGAAUGUUGUUCUGCGACCAACAGCGCCACUUCAUCGUCAAAUGGUUCAACUACCACCUCUAGUACGACUAGCGGUACAGGAGUGAUAACAACUCCAACUGUGCUGGACAUUUACAACUUGUCAGCUCAUAUAGUUCGACAAUUUAAGGCAGUAAAUGGUGGUGAAGGCUUGACUUCCGAUCAGUACUAUCUGCUCAAGGCGUUAGUYUUGGCUAAUUCAGAUGAUCUAACAUUAGCAUCAUCAUCGGUAACGACAGCGACAUCCACUGGAAAAAACCUCGGUACCAACAAAUCGACGUCUAAAGGCGAAGAAGUGGUGGUCCAGCAGCUGCAGCCAUCAGCUGUCAAACAGUUCCGUUCUACCAUUGCUCGUGCUCUUCAAACCCAUCUUGAAAUGACCGUGGCGUCAGCACCGAAUUGUUGUUGUUGUGAUGGUGGUACUAAUUGUUGUUCUGCGCCAAGCAUGUCUAUGGAUUGCUGUGGCAACGGUGGAACCACCACUUCUGAUGCCAGUGGAAUGACUACAAAUUGCUGUAACUGUUGCUGYAACAUUAAUAGCAACAACAAUACUGCCCCAAAUCAGCUCGACAAUGGUGGCGAAAUCGUUGUCGUCGUUGACAAUCACCAACAGCAGCAUCAUCAUCAACCACAACAACGUAUGGAUACCACUGGCGGCAAUACAACCAUAUCCACUACAGAAGCUUCUGCGGCUACAGUAGUUGUCGUCGGCACCACCAACAAUGUAAUGAUGGACGAUGACGAUUGUUGUGGAAGCACUCCAUUAGUUGACAAUCAACAACUCCAUCAUCAUCAUCAUUCUCAUCACGCAGAAUCUACAGAUUCUGCUUCGUCUAAACUCGUACAAUUGCUUAUGUGUUUGCCUGCGCUUCGGCAAGCCGAUCAACUAAUCCGGCAGUACUGGACCCGAGUUCACCGGGAAAAUCAGCAACAAUUAGGUGCUGCCACACCAGCUCCACAACCACAGAUCACAGUCCCUACAGGUACUGAAAUAGGUUUUCCUAGGSAAUCUACAGCGGCUAAUCAUUUAUCAUCCAUAGGUAAUGAUGGCGGUGGUACACCUGUUGUCAAAAUGAAUAAGCUGUUUGUCGAAAUGCUGGAGGCCUGUCUGCGGUAAUUACAUUAUUCGGUGGUCGUCACACUGCUCCUAUAUGUAUUCUGGGUGGUGUUUCGGCGUUAAUAGCAGUGGUAGACAUCACAGACUUUUAAACUAUGUAAGAUAUAAUAAAACUCGUGUAAUCAAAUGAGGCAUCAUAACACAUUAUAUUGGUUGGAAAAUUAACAUGGAUAGAGAUUGAUAAAUCAUUCUAUCGCUAUAUAGUUAUUGAUAUUGUAUAAUAUAUAAUAGUAUAUAAUUUGUAUUUUUCUAUAUUUACAACCAAAGACUUGGAAAAUAAACAUCAACUGUUUAUAUGCAAAACAUUCCGGGUUAUUUAUCUAGUUUAGUAUGGAAGUCUGUGGGUAGUGUUAAAUAGUUUUACAAUAGUUGUAGUGUUUUGUUUUGUUUUGUUUUUUUUUUGUUUAUUAAUAGUAAUAGUGACGGAGACACUAAACGUUGAUAUGAGCGUUGAUGUGUUUCCAUUAAAUAAUAAAUUCAUUAGCGCCAUAUAUUUUUAAUUUUUGUUAGAAUUUUUCAAAUUUGUGUGACAGUUACAUAUAUUUGUUUCAUAUUUAUUUAUCACAAUACCCUCCUCUCAAAAACAUACCAAAAUUAUUGUUGUAUGUGUAAAUUGUAUACGAACUGGAUGUACGUUUAUGUUUUGAAAUAUAAUAGAUAUUUAUAGUA